UUGAACGACUGUGGUCAUAUCUUGGUGGCUUUUCCAAAAUCACGAAGGAGAUGACUCCAGAGAAUAGAAUAGACCUCCUUGUAGAUGGUCUUGUAAACUAUGGCAAAAAAAUUAAGGAAAACUUAGGUGAAAUGUUUCUGCGUAAAGACGCUCGGGCAAAGCAGAUCCUAGAGCAAAGUGAGGAUCUCCUCAACCAAAUCCUCAAUCCUUUUCCAGAAGUGACAACAGAUAGGGUCAAAGAAUGGUAUGAGGAAGAGAGGCAGCAGCAUCAAACAGUUCGCGAUAAAGAUGCUGGAUACACCUGGCAAGAGGAUUAUGUGAUGUUUAGAUCAGAACUGAGUAAUCUAAAAUUUGAAUGUGCCUUACAAUCGACAACCAAUGUUGACUUAGAAAUUAAGUACACCAAGGAAAUCAACAGACUUGAGAAGAAAAUUACUCUGAUAGAAAAAAAGUAUGGGGUUCAUUGGUCCCCAGAUGACCAAGCGUUCAAGGAUCAUUUGAGUUCGGCAAAGAACAAGAAAGAGAUGCUGCUCAUAAAUAUCAUGAAAAAAAUAAUGAACGAGCGAACUUAUCUUCUUCAGCUUGUUAAGAAGUACGCAAAGGGACAAAGCAUUGCAAAAAAACUAAAUAAACAGCUUUCCCAAGCUACAAAAGAGCUACAAAAGAGAAUUAAAGAGUACAAUUCCAUAUCUUGCCGAGACACCGUUACCUUGAAAGACCUACCAGCACUGUGCAAAGAAACCCACUCCUCCAACAAUGGUGAAAUGGAUGCAUUAAAGGCAGAGGCAGUAUCACUUUACUGUCUUAUAGAAAGGGCCAAGGAGGAGCGCUGCCUUGUUCUCUCGGAAUGCAAUGCUGCCAUUAACUGGAAUAUGUCUUUCCAUUCCAGCAUUGAUGAAUCAGUAAAUGCUGCAUUGGAGCCACUCAGAGCCUUCCUCAUCAAGGAGGCAAUAUUUUAUGAAUAUGCUAUUAAACAUCUACAUGCUGUGAGAGCCUUCCUAACUGGAGAUUCCUUGGAAAUGGAUUUUGACUUUAAAUAUUCCAGUGACUUGUCAGAUGCCUUCAAUGUUGAUGACCUCCUGCAAGAAAUUAAUAAUGAUGAUAUGGAACUAGAGGAAGUCGACAGCGAUUUUGAGGAACUUGAAGAUGACCUGGAUUAAAAAUGUACAAUGAGUGAAAUAAAUACAUAUAUUACACUCACAGACCAUUAUACACAAUGAGUUGUCUAAUCUUAAGAAAUAUUUCAAAAGAUCAUAAUAAAUGGCUUUUAAGAAAUGAUACUGACAAGUUUAUCAUAACUUAAAAAAUUCAUCAGCUAGUAUAUUUAAAAGGAAUGUAUUUAAUUAAGUGGAUUCAUAUAUAAUCUUUGUGAACAAUUUUACAUAAGGAAAUUUCUUAAUUGUAAGAUUAAUAUAUCCAUAUCAAAUAUUAACAUAUUGUUUUAUAUUAAACAUAAUACCAUAGACCCUUUCUUGCUAAAACCAUGCACUUUAUGGUGCAAGAUUUUUUGCACAGUUGUAAUAGUUUGGGGAAUACCUCAAUUAGUAGAGCACCUGACUAGAGAUACAGGGGUCCUGGGUUCGAAUCCAGGUCCAGCCGUAAAUUUUCUCCUUUCCUGUUACACAGUAUUUAGAAUUUCUCCACUUUCCAACUUUAAUAAAUCGAUCAUCUACCUUUCACCCCCAAUCUCCAUACACAUUUUUAAACUACUGGUAAUUUGUAUAUUUUAUCCUCAUAUCAACCCAUUAUAGACGCCUUUACAGGGAUAAACUGGCUUGAUUUGAAAUGUGUGAGGGGAUGCAGAAAAUUCUAAUUCAAGCAAGUAUAGGUAGAGACGACUUCUAAUAAAGGAUGGGAUGUGUAUAAAAUGUACAUAUUCAUUUAAAUAAUGUGUCUAGAGUUAUGGAGGGAAAGGUGAACGAUUUACAAAGGUUCAAGUGGAGAAAUUCUCCCAACAGUGCACAAAAAAUCUUGCGCCAUAAUUUGCACAAUAUUUGCAAUGUAGCGUUAUGGUCAAACUAAGAUAUAAAUUACAGUACUACAGGUAACUUGAUGUUGGCACCUUUCAUGCUCAUUUUUUGUGUAUAUUAUGACUACUCAAUUCAUGACAGAAAAUAUUAUUCCAAUUCUGCUAUUCUUACCUGGAAUCUACAUAUUGCAGCAUAAAUUCUAAAUUUUUAAGCCCAUAUAAUCCAAGUUGGGGG